AUGGCCAACAACAUCGCCUUCACCGCACCUAUCAACCCGCCCGGCGCAACCCCACUUUCGCCCGACCAGAUCUGGGCCGGUCUCCUCCUCAAGAUUCGCUCCGCCGAGACCUUUGUAUCGGCCGCAAUCUCAUCCACAGAUGUGUUGAGCGAAAGCACUGAUUCCUCCGGCAACGCUGUGACUGUGCGCGAAGUGCUCUUCCGCGAAAAUGGAAAGAAAGUCAAGGAGACGGUGACGGCAUUUGAGAAAUGUCGCGUGGAGUUUGAGCAGCCGAAUGGCAGUCGCAUUAGCAAUGUGAUCAGUACUGGGGCGGGUGGGGAGUUGUACAUGACUUAUAUCUUUGAGUGGAGGCAUCCGGGGGUCAGCGAGGAGGAGCUGAAGACCUUGUUGGAGAAGGAGAAGAAGAUGAGUCAAAUGGCGGUCGAAGGGACCAUCAAGGUGUUACGGCAGUUGGUGGAGGAGAAGAAGCUUUGA